AACUGCGCCAAAGAAUUAGGAAACAAAUAUAGGGAAGGAGAUGCGUAUUGCGACCUUGGACAUAUUUAUGAAAGUCUUGGAGACUUCAAGAAGUCCAUAGAAUACUUCAAACGCUACCUUGAAAUUGCCAAAGAUUUUGGAGAUUCGGAAGGAGAAGGGGCCGCGUAUGGUGGCCUUGGCAAUGCUUUUUACAGCCUCGGAGAUUUCGAAAAGGCAGUUUACUAUCACAGCCAACAUCUUGAUAUCGCUAAAAAUAUUGGAGAUAAGGAAGGGGAGGCGUUUGCGAAUGGCAAUCUCGGCAACGUUUAUCUCAGUCUUGGUGAUUUGAAGAAGGCCAACUACUACUUACUUACGCCGCCUCAGUAUUGCAAAAGACCUGGGAGAUAAGGCAGGGGAAGGACGUGCGUAUGGCUAUCUCGGCCGCACUUAUGAACAUAUUGGCGAUUACGACAAAGCCAUGGUCUAUAACAACCGGUGUCUCUGUAUUGCCCAAGAACUUGGAAACAAGGCUGGGGAAGGGGUUGCCUGUGGCAAUUUAGGCAGAGUUUCCCAAAGUAUUGGUGACUACAUGAAAGCCAUAGAUUGGCACAAACAACAGCUUAGAAUUGGUAAAGAAAUAGGAGACAAAGAAAUGCUAGGCAUAGCCUACUAUAAUAUUGGACAUUGCUUUGAGAUGCUGAAACGUUUACCUGAAGCACUCGAAAGUUACCAAACAAGCGUUAAAGUGUUUAAUGAAAUGAGAAGUCUCCUCCAGUCUGAAGAUCGGUGGAAGAUUGGAUUUCGGAACGAAUAUAACAUUGCUUACACAGGUCUCUGGAGAGUUUUGUUAAAACAAGAAAAGAUUGGUGAAGCUCUGGCUGCUGCCGAAGAAGGUCGGGCCCAGUCACUAGCUGAUCUUAUGACAUCCCAGUAUGGUUUAAAAGAAUGUCAAUACAAAGGAAAACCACUAGAAGAACAGGAAUUUGGCAUGUUGAACCACACUUUAUCAAGUACCAUAUUCUUAGCUGUAGACGUGGUCGAAAACAAAGUAAAUAUCUGGGUAAUUUCAAAAGAGAAACCCCUACUUCACCAAGAGAAGACACUUGGCCGUCAUUGUACAAAGUUUUCAGCUGAAACAUUACAGUCCUUGAUUCAAUUUGCCUACGAAAAGAUUGGUGUUCGUGCUAAAGCUAACUGCGAAAAUCGAUCUUUAGAUGUGUUUCGCGAAAACUGCUCUGCUGUGGAGCGGUCAUCCAAAAAGAGCUCAGAGCCUAUUCUCCAAGAAGAUAUUCAUCCCUUGUCAGCUUUGUACAGCUACGUGAUUGCCCCGAUAUUAGAUCUAAUUGAUGGCGAUGAGCUAAUAAUUGUUCCGGAUGGUCCAUUAUGGCUUGCUCCGUUUGCUGCAUUACUGAAUCCGUUUUCCAAAUACCUGUAUGAAUCAUUCAAAGUCAGAAUAAUUCCUUCACUAACAAGUUUGAAAAUUAUUGCUCAUUGUCCAAAAUUCCACAGCAGUAGUGGAGCUCUAGUUGUAGGAGAUCCAGACAUGAGUGAAGUUACCAACAGACAAGGAGAUCGGAUCCUGGAGCAGCUUCCUUUUGCCAGACAAGAAGCACAGAUGAUCGGACAGAUUCUUAAUACGGCACCUCUCACUGGAAAAUUAGCCACCAAAUGUGAAGUGCUAAAACAGAUUAGUUCGGUUGCCGUAGUACACAUUGCUGCACAUGGACGCAUGGAAACCGGAGAGAUAGCGUUGAGCCCGAAUCCUGAAAGGGAAUCACAAACCCCUUCAGAAGAGGAUUACAUGUUGACAAUGGCAGAUGUGAUGAGUGUGAAGCUGCGAGCCAAGCUAGUUGUACUUAGUUGCUGUCACAGUGGUCGGGGAGAGAUCAAAGCUGAAGGCGUGGUCGGUAUUGCACGUGCCUUUAUUGGUGCCGGUGCUCGUUCUGUUCUGGUGUCCCUGUCGGCCAUCGAUGACGAAGCCACCUUGGAGUUCAUGAAAAGCUUCUACCACAACCUUGUUAAAGGGCGAAGUGCGAGCGAGUCCCUUAACCGCGCAAUGAAAUGUCUCAGAGAAUCCGAGAAGUUCGGCGAUUUAAAAUACUGGGCGCCUUUUACACUUAUAGGCGAUGACGUCACUCUCGACAAACAAGAAGAAAUCAGGGUCUCAUAA